UCUGAUAUUGUACCUAACUAUCCGAGUCUCAACACCAUGCUAACACUACUCCUAGUUCUCCUGGUGGUCAGCGGCAGUUUGGGUGUAGAAAACCCUAUACUUAGCGCGCUUACCGUAACCUGGAGUAACAUUGACGGAAACAAUGACAACAGAUUGGACUUCGCAGAAUUUACCAAGGAAAUUUUUCAAUCCUACGACUCAAAUAAUGAUGGCAAAGUGACAGAAGGCGAAUUUCUCACGGGUUGGGAUCGCUCAUACAGCCACCAGCAUGAUGCUGGUAUCAGUCUGUUCAAGCAGGUCGACUUUGAUCGGGACAAAUUCUGGACCAGGAAGGACUUAACUGUGGUCUACUCGCAAAUGGACGACAAUGAUGAUGGAAAGGUUCUGAAACACGAAUUUAUAACGUACGCAGCGGCGGUAAGUAUCGUUUACACAUCUAGAGACACAUGUCCCCGGAGACGUUUAACUGCAAGAGUCCGUUGAAAUUAAACAUUCAUUAAUCGCUUCUUGUUAAUCGUCACUUUCCACAUCAUCCCGAUACGAUCUUGACGGUGUCUCCUUGUAGCUAGUGACAUUGUAGUCAAGUAUUGUGCUGCCUCACUGGAACACGGUGCAAGGUCACUAUGUAGACGCAUUGUCCAACUUAAGCGGUUUCUAUGUGCUGAGCGCCAAUUAAAACUGACGCUAUUUACGUCUACACAGGUAAGUUAACAACCACACGAUUUCCACCCUGUUCAUUUCCAGUUGGCUCUGAACUGAGAGGCACUGCAAGCUACAUGUAGGAAUGGGCCCUGUGCAGUACAAAUCAGAUUUUCAGGUUGUAAACAAAGUUGUUACUGAUUGAGACAAUGUGAAACUUAGGCCUACUACUUGCCAAUAACUUCUGGCAUCGACCAAUUGUAUCCAUAUGCUGAACGUAAAGCUUAUCACGAUUUACACAUGUAAAUCUAAGACUUGACCAAACUUUGACCUAUAUCUCGAAAAUCACUUUCAGCAAUAACACGAACUACCAAAGAACUAAGUAUAUACAGUACGAAACUAGAACGGAAUUAUACAAAGAGAAGCGGUCAACAGUUUUCAAUGACGUAGGAAAGACGCAAAGUAUGUUCUAGACGACUGAGUGAAAUCAAUAUUCAAACCGCGCACCAUGCUAGAAUAUAAGUUGUCGAUAAUAAAAUGCGUACCUCAGUUGUGCUUUGAUUGCAACUGUUCAUAUAUCCAAAGUGGCAUAUCUAAUUCAACACGACCGAUAUACAGCUCCUAGCCCCGGUUAAAGCGGAGUUAAACACAUCAUUUAAGUGGACUUAGACACAUAAAUUCCAUACACACUUUCUUACUCUCCAUAGCAGCGUGCCGUCCAGUGUUGGAGAAUUGUCACUUGUCAUUUAUAUCAAUGCUAAACUUUAAAUUGUGUUUUCAUACACUUUUGGCUGAUCUUGAUGGAGAUACAAUGUGCCC